AUGCUGGCGAUGCAUCUAAUGUAUGAAGGCGUGUCGCGCAGGCCUCUCGCAACUAAUGAUCCGCGCGAUAUUACAAAAAUGGUAGCAAAGUAUUUCAGGGAAAAAACCGUCUUUCGUAUCCAGGUUGAUCGCAAGAAAGUUGAGGUCAUUAAAAAUAUAAGGAUGGCACGUAAGCUCCGCGAAAAGGGAUUUGAUCCACAACGAGAGGUCAUCUGGAAUGAACGCGCUAGUAUCGUUUCAAAGUAUAGGCGAGCGAUCAACCAAGAAAUAAAAUUUUACAACGAUCAGAUUGAAGUGUUGUACGCCGCUAUUAAACAACGCGAAGCAAUGAUAGAAAGUUUUGGUCCGGCCUUUUCGCGUGCUUAUGCUAUGAUUUCCCCCCCCGAGGCGCUUCAAUCUGAGUGGCAUGAUGAGUACGCGGAGAUGGACGCUGAAAUUAGAGAAAAGGAUUGGGAUAAUGCGGUCGAAAAUUACUUGGCGUUCAAGAAGAAAGCUUACAUGGAGCAGAGGCGUGCUGAGUUACUGCAGAACGAUGCAGCCUGGGCCGACUUCAUCUCGAUGAAUCAGUCAACGCUGAAGAAAGAAUUGUUUCGUCGCGAAGCAGCUUUGAAGAAGCUCAUGCUCACGGACGUAUUUGCAAAUAUCCAGCGUGCAUUUCCCGAAUUUGAUCCAACGCUCGUUAAAGGCAUUGACUACGAUCCGGACGAAUCCGGCACUGACUCUGGAUGA